AUGGGGUCGGUGGAACAAGGAAAGGCGGGAGCGGAGUAUGUCAACUUACCGGGAGAUGGAGGAAGCUUGAUUCUGCGUAAAGUCCCCGAUGAUAAUUCUUGUUUGUUCUCUGCCAUCGGGGUGGUUUUUGAAGGUGGUAUAGAGGGUGGAAAGAGACUACGACAGGUCAUAGCUAAUGCCAUUCGUGAGGAUCCGAACGAGUAUCCUGAUGUCGUCCUGGGGAUGAGUCGUGAUCAAUAUAUAGCCAAAAUUCUCCAGCCUGAUACAUGGGGGGGAGCCAUCGAACUCUCCAUCUUCUCGAAACACUACAAAACCGAGAUUUCAUCCUUUGACGUAGCUACCGGUCGGUGUGAUAGAUUCGGACAGGAUCAAUAUGAUACCAGAUGUUUCUUGGUGUAUUCCGGUAUUCACUACGACGCCCUCUCCCUAUCUCCUACCACCGACGCUCCACCAGAAUUCCAUACCACCUUAUUCCAAAUUUCCGACUCUAACAUUUUCUCAUCUGCCGAAAAACUCGUCAGUCAACUCCGAUCGAAACAUUAUUAUACGGACACUGCGACUUUUGAUCUUCGAUGUGGGGUGUGUGGAAUAGGUUUGAGGGGUGAGAAAGGAGCUAGGGAACAUGCUUUGAGUACUGGACGUGAGUCUUUCUAUUGUUUUUCUGAAUCACUACUUCGACACACUUUACAAAUGUGUCACGCCUGUUUAAAGGUUUUGGUUUUUGGUUCGGUACUCUUUCAGAUAUUCUUCAUCAUUUCGAAUGCACAUCUCUCUAGAUCUACCUCUCUUCCAUGA